AUGGCCGCGAGCGCUCUACCUGCAGAGACCGAUCUUCAAGCUAUCACUACUCUCCGCGAGUUACUUGAUUUUCUUGAGGUACCUGAUGGACUAUGGGGUUCCUUUCUUCAACAAGUGGGGGACCCAGGGCACCACGUGCGUCUCAUCGCCGCCCUCCCGAAGACGGUGAUUGUUCAGGGAGCUGUGCAAGCUAGCACAGCGGCCGGAGCAGGUUUCUCUGCAGUUCAAGCGGCUCAUGUGGGACUGGUGUGGCGGACUUCAAGGAAACUGGUGCAUAUGUGGUCAGGACUGCCCAUAGCGGAGUUCAAGGACGUGGACCCUUGGGAAGCUGCAAACUCAGGUAAUGCACCGGGUGCUACGGGGGCCGACGGUGGACAAGCUGAAGGAAGUCCCGGAGCUGGUGCCUUAAAGGACCGGGUGUUGAAGAUGUCGGCAUUGGUCGACCAGUCCGAUGAUUCAGAACUUGCACCGGCGACAAGAGACCAGGUGGACCAGUGGAUGUCAGCCUACGUGACUAUAAUGGGCAGCCCACCUCCGGAAGAAGAAGAACCGUCAGAUGGACAAUUGGCCGCCCUCCACAGGAAGACCUUCAUACUGAAAGCUGCUCCCUACGCUGACUUAGCAAUUUUCACCCCCUUUGGACGAAAGUGCCAGAAGGCUCAGAAGUUCAGGGUGUAUCACCCUUUAGGCGAUGGGAGUUACAUGAUGAGAGAGCUGCCGGGACCACAGAACUUGCAACAAUGGCUCACUUCGUGGAGGGUGGACAAAGUUGCUUGUUUGAUGUUGAGCAUCUCGAGCCUGGCUUCCCUCCAGAUCUACGAGAAGGCCAUUGAGCGCCUGGUGUUGCAGUGGCCCAAGUGUUGGGGCUUGAUCUACCAAGCGGAGGACAAAGCGCGGGCAGAGAGGUUGGACAAAAUCCGACGCAGGUUGAUGGUGGACGCCGCGAAGGGCCAGGUCAUGCCACAAGACUGGGACCCGGAUAAUCCUUGGACAACGUGUUUCAGGGUUCUGGCCACGGAUGAAGAAUACUGGUCAGAACAGGUUCGCCACCCUGCAGCCGCAUGGACAGCUGCAGGCGCAAAGGGGACACCACUUGCCCCAGCAGAACAGAUCGCCUUGGCACACAUGCCGGGAGGCGCCGAGGUGGUGGAGGCGGACAGAGACGAAGGCAACGAAGGUGGCCGAAAGCGCCAAGCUAACCGUGAUAAGAGGUUGGCUAGGGCAAAGCGCUUGAGGGCUGAAAGGGAAGAGUUGGACAGGUUGAGAAAAAGGCCCUGGACACCAAGUGCGGACGGCAAGCAGCAGGAUCAGAAGGGAAAAGGCAAGGGGAAGACCAAGGAUCAAGCAGGCACACCAUUGUGCUUCUCCUUCGCAAGUGGCACGGGAGCUUGCGCCUGUCAGCAGAAGAUCAAGAGGGCACAUAAGUCCUGGCUCAAGAUGCUCAGCAGCGACUCGGAACAGACGCCCGACUACGGUGAUGAUGAUGUAGGGGUAGCCACGGGGGAGUUCAAGGCCGCGAAGACGAUUGACGAGUUGUGGACUCCGACAAGGGUCACGGAGGCACUGAAAGCUUCCAAAAGUUUCUCAGAGUUUAGGAGCAAGAGGACUUUCACCUUCUUGCACAUGUUCUGUGGAGAGGAGGACGUGCUGGGGGACGCUAUCAUAAGGUUGGCGGAUCAGGCGGACAUCAAGCUGAAGGUCAUGUCGCUUGACCGGGACCGAGAUGGCAUGGACCUCACAGCAGAACAACCUUUUGGGGAUCUCCUGGACAUGGCAAGGUGGUUCAAGCCGGCGAAGUUUGCGGGGCGGCUGGGAGGUUUGAGCUCCUUGAAGAGAAAAUGCCAGUGCCCCAAGUACUUCAAGCAUGAGCCGCUCAUCGGCAAGGAGAAGACGAGCAAGGCGGCGAAGUACCCGAAGGACCUGGUCUUGGAGUAUGCAAAGUUGGUCAUAAAAGUCUUUAGGACUGUGCUGGAGCUGGAAUGGUGGAGGCACAAGCAAGCGCAAUCGGCAAGUGAGCUCAACCAAGUGAAGCAGAGCUGGGCCCAGUCUAAGGAGCGCAUGACCAUCAAGAGACCGGUGAACCACAAAGACAUGAGCCAACUGCGAGGUGCAAAGAGGGCCUGGAAUGCGGGGGAUUUACAACGUGAUCAACUCCCACAAGGGCCCUCGCAGUCGAAGAAGGCGAGACGGGAGGAUGAAAACUCCUUCUUCAUCGGGGGCAUGCGCAACCCGUACAAGUCCUUGAAGAAGAUGACCAUCUUGCAAGAGGCGGGCAACGAUGUCGCGAGGGCGUGGAAUGCCCUGGUCAAGGACAUGCCGCAGGCUUUGGAAGCAGCGAGAACCUAUGGGUCGGAGAGGUGCGAGUUAGACUCCCGGGUACUGGACGAGUGGGUCACAAGGCUGAACAGCAUGAUGAAGGCGACAACCCCUACGGACGUCGACUUGAAGGGCAAGUACCAAUUCAGGUCGCCCCUUAAACCUGAGCUGUGGGAGGCCUGGCAGAAGUUCAGCAAGGACCCGGAGAAACACAUAGCCGACUGGGCUCGGUUCGGAGCGCCGUUGGGCAUGGGGGCACAAAUUCCCAGGUCAAACGGGGUUUUCCCCCCGGUGGAGGAUGACUCCGGGGAGGGACAACUGUCGACCUUGGAAGCACAGCUGGAUGCAAAGAACUACAAGUCAGUCUAUGAUGACCGAGAGGGGGCUCAAGGAGAACUAGACAGGCUGGUUGGCAAGGGCUUUGCGGAGAUCGUUCCCAUGACAGAGAUCAAGGAGAGGUUCAGGUCGGGGGGCAACAGCCUUGCCAACAUACCUGAAAGGAUCGUACUGCCACGAGUUCGAGACGUGGUCAAGGACAUCCAAGAGCUGUGGCAGCAACAUGGAGGACAACCUCAAGGAGUUGAUUGGGGCAUGGAGUUGGUGGGCGCUGAUCUGAGUGAUGCAUACUGCCACUUUGGAGUGGCCCCAGAGGAGCUCUGCCAUUGCCUGGCGCCGUCAUUGCAGGAGGACAAGGUGGUGGUCUUCAAGGCGAUGAGCUUUGGAUUCAAAGGGGCCCCCUUGAUCAUGGGGCGUCUGGCGGCAACGUUGACCAGACAGUGGCAAGCUAUGGUGCAGAGCCAGGCACGUAUCCAAACUUACAUGGACGACCCCCUGAUGGUGGUGUGUGGCUCAAAGAUGGAAAGGGAGUCGAUGAUCGCUCGGCUUUUGUACUCCGCGAAAGCCUUUGGAGUCAACCUCUCUUAUGAGAAAGGAGAGAGGGGUGCAUCUUUGACAUGGAUUGGAGUCCAGAUUGCGAUCGACGUGGAGGAGCAAACUAUUGUGCUGGACGUGCCGGCAAAAUUGGUGGACGAGGUCCUAGAACGCAUGAAGAGCUGGCAAGGCAUGGUGUCGAUCCGAGAGCUGAGGGCAGUCACGGGCAAGCUCUCCUGGAUCGCGGGGGUGCUCCCGAGAUCGAGAUGGGCUGUUUCCAUCUGCUAUGGCACCUUGGCGGAUGCGGAAAGAGAAGCAAAAGAAGGAAUUGAACAAGUGAGGGCAGCGAAGAGGACGGGCGACACCAGGCCCAAAACGGGUUUGAUCCCGGUGAAACGUCUGGAACUAGCCCGACGCUGGCUUGUGGCCUUCCUGCAGCAGAAAGAGGCUUGGCGCUGCAGAAAAAUACCGAUGCAAGUGGUGUUGCCGAAGUACGCAAUCACCACGGAUGCCUCCCCGUUUGGCGUCGGAGCGAUACUUUCAGUGGUGGACAAGGAGCAGGACAACCUCACCCCCACGGUCGCUCUGGCCGGCAAGAUAACCAAGAACAUCGCGGCGGCGCUGGGCAUAGAAUUCCGGCAAGCCUCAGGGCAAGCCGUGCUGGAAGCCUUCGCUGUCCUCCUGGCAGUGCGUUACUGGAAGGCGACGUUGAGGGGUUCAAAGCUCCUGCUGAAGGCGGACUCCACGGUGGCUUUGGCCCUGAGCAAAAAGCUGAGUAGUUCCACGGCUACACUCAACUUCGUUGGAGCUGAACUCAGCAUCGUCCUGGAAGGGGCCCAGAUGCAGGACCUUACGGCGCAUCACCUCCCAGGAAAGUUGAAUGUGGAAGCCGACUUCCUGUCCAGACCCGACUUGCAGGGGCAGCCACCGGGCAAGCUGCAAGACUUGUCGAUCCGGCAUCUCAACGAAGCUUGGAUGCUGGAGUCUCAUUUGCCCCGGUUGGACAAGCCGAAGUGCCUCAAAGGUGGAGCCAAACAGAAGGGCGCGACGUUAGUCAGAGAGGAUGCUGGUCUGGCCAGCACAGAGGAUGCCAGACAUCUCACCGACGUUUCAAAAGGUCUGGCCAGCACAGAAGAUGCCAGACAUCUCACCGACGUUUCAAAAGGAAGCGUGAUUCCUCCAAGGUUGUUUUCUAUUGAGGUGAACUCCGGCCAUUGCCUGGCUAGAUGCGAGGGACAUGGGUCGGAGGAGGAGGAGGAGGAGGAGGAGGAGGAGGUACCGUGGUACACCUUGGCAAGUGGCGGACAUGGUCAGAGGACGAGCUGGUCCACUUGA